AUGGGCCAAACCUGGAGCGAAUGCCUCCCGCCACCGCCUACAUGGACAGCCGCAGAUGUCCCCGACCUUACAGGAAAGAUCGCCCUCGUCACAGGUGGGAACAGCGGCAUCGGGAAGGAAACUGUGCGCGCGCUUCUCGAGCACAACGCGACGGUAUACCUUGCUGCGCGGGACGAAACGAAGGCGAAGGGAGCGGUAGAUGAGCUGAAGGAAGCAACUUGCAAGGAGGCGAGGUUCCUGAAGCUCGACCUUGCGGACUUGAAGGCGGUCAAGGCAGCAGCGGAGGAGUUCUCGAGAAGAGAGUGUCGUCUGGAUAUUUUGUUCAAUAGCGCAGGCGUCAUGAUGUGUCCUGUAGAGCUGUGCACGGCGGAUGGCUAUGAUCUUCAAUUUGGUACCAAUGUUCUAGGACAUUUCUACCUCACCAGGCUUCUCCUACCCGCACUGUUGGCGUCAAGGAGGGAGACAGGCUCCCCGGCACGCGUAAUUACCACCUCCUCGAUUACACACCGCAUUGGACGCAUCGACUUUGCAACGCUUCGGGAUAGUCCGCGUCGGAGGCGAAAGUUCACGCAGACACUUUACUUCCAGAGUAAAUUGGGUGAUAUUCUCAUUGCUACGGAGCUUCAACGCCGGUACAGUGAACAGGGCCUGGUUUCCAUACCCGUCAACCCUGGGAACCUCGAUAGCGAUCUCUUUAGGCAUCUGCCACAGUGGGCAGUCAAGCUGUUCCGACCUGUUCUGUAUCCGCCGCCUAUGGGCGCGCUCACGCAGCUAUAUGCUGGCACAGCUCCGGAGGCGGAGAGCUUGGGUGGCAAGUAUCUCCAGCCGUGGGCGCGGCUUGGUAAGGCGCAAGCACUGGCUCACGACGAGCAGCUAGCACGUGAAGUAUGGGCAUGGUGCGAAGAGCAGGUUGAGAACCUCUGA